CAAACCCUCAUGGGCCCUUGAUUCUUUUUCGCUUACCCCCGCUUGUCACAGUGCGGGCACUUGUUGCUCGCUAUUCCGCAAGUCGAAAGGCUGGUCAGUUCGCCAAUGCGCCCAGUCGUUGACAUUCGUCAGUACUUCGAACUCCACUCGCUUCCCGUUCUUGACACAACGGUUUUCAGAGGAUGGCCCGUUUCUCCGCGCUGGCCAAUGGCUUUGGAAAACACGGCCCUUCACGACCUCACAUGAUAAAGGACCAAUGCGACCUGAUCGUUCUUUGGUGGAUGGUUGAUUCACAGUUGCAGUGUGGACAGCUUCUGGAGUGUCCAGUCAUGGACCGAGGUGCCAUGUCUGGCAGAUUCCCCAUUCAGCCAAGACACAAAAACAAGCUCCCCCAUGCACCCGCGCAGAAUAAACCGCAUGGAUGGGGGAGGGGCUGGGCGGGGGACCGGAGAGAGCGAGAGAGGGGAACACACUCGAUGGACUCUGUGGGCUGUCUUUGGUUUGCAACCAACUUCAACCGGUCGCACUUCAACCCGCAAUACUCCACCACCACGCAGCUAUCUGCUCCGUUAGGCUUAUCUGAUAUGUCUUGGCAAUCGCUGGACCGUUGCAUUAUCUUUUUCGCUGCAACGACGGGUGCUAGCAGGGUCCCUGGUCAUCAAUCGCCUCAAUGAUAUUCAGCUCUCAUCGGACAAGUGUGGAAUCAGGCGAUGCGGCAUGGUCUGAGCUCGAUCGGUCCGGACAACGUUCCUCAUUCUUGAUCCUGCAACUCGUCAUCACAAGUUCUCAUUCCGAACUCGCAUCGACUUGAGAGAGGGGGCAUGGUCAUGGGGACCCUUGAUCGGCUUCAACGCUACUGACAUAAGAUGUUCACAGUACGAGACUAGUAAGCAGC